GGAAGUAGUCACGCUUUUAAUCAUGGCGACCUCCAGUGCACCGAGAGGCAACGUGAUAAUUCUUUAAAAUGAAAAACUUUUGGUUUUUUGGACAAACCAAUAUCAGUAAGCGUCAUCUAUUUUCAGCACAUCAUAUUUAAAGAAUAAGGCUGCACUCCUGGACCUUUUCAUUCAAAGAAAGAAGAGUUCUUCAUAAUCAGGAAAGAAAUGGCUUCAUUUAAACCUACGAAAAUCCAAGUCUAUCCUAAACUUGGAGAGAAAGUUACACAAGACACACUGUACUGGAAAAACUACAAGGCUCCUGUCCAGAUUAAAGAAUUUGGAGCAGUCACUAACAUAGACUUCUCUCCAGUGGCUCCACAUAACUUUGCAGUGACAGCAUUUACAAGAGUCCACAUUUAUGGGCCAUUCUCCCAGGAGCCCGUGAAGACAUUUACACGGUUUAAGGACACUGCAUACAGUGGAAGGUUCAGGUCAGACGGUCAGCUGCUCGUGGCAGGUUGUGAGGACUCUGUGGUCCGGCUGUUUGAUGUCAGCGGCAAGGUGGCACUGAGGCUGUUCAAAGGACACACAAAGGCUGUCCAUGUAACAGACUUCACCUCAGACCGUUACCAGAUCCUCACAGGGUCGGACGACUACACCUGUCGACUCUGGGACAUCCCGAAUGCCACCGAGCUCACCACCUACCAGGAACACACAGAUUACAUUCGCUGUGGUGUCACAAGCAAACUCAACAGAGAUCUCUUUAUUACUGGAUCUUAUGACCACACACUGAAACUGUUUGAUGCCAGAGUUGAUAAGAGUGUGAUGACCAUGGACCACGGCCAGCCAGUGGAGAGUCUGCUUCUCUACCCCUCUGAGGGACUCCUCGUCUCUGCAGGUGGUCGCUAUGUGAAAGUGUGGGAUCUGCUAAAAGGAGGCCAACCUCUGGUGUCUCUGAGGAACCAUCACAAAACUGUCACCUGUUUGUCUCUCAGCAGCAACGGACAGAGACUGCUGUCAGCUUCUCUGGACAGGCAUGUAAAGGUGUACAGCACGACCAACUAUAAAGUGGUCCACAACUUUGACUACGCCACCUCUAUCCUCAGUCUGGCUUUGGCUCCGGAUGAUGAGUCCAUUGUUGUGGGUAUGACCAACGGUAUUCUGAGUAUCAAGCACAGGAAAAGCCUUGAAGAGUCAAAGGAAAUCUCUGGGCAACAGAGGCGACGACCAUCUUAUCGUGUUUUUGUGAAGGGGAAGAACUACGUCCCUAAACAGGAUGAUUAUCUCGUCAGUAAGCCAGUGAAACAGCAUUUGGCCAAAUACGACAAGCAGCUCAAGAAAUUUAAUGUAUCAAAGGCUUUGGACACAGCUCUGGAGACAUGGACUAGACUGAAAAAGCCAGAGGUCACAGUUGCUGUUAUGAAGGAGCUGGAUCGAAGAGGGACAUUGCAAAACGCUCUGGCAGGAAGAGACGAACAGGGACUCUCUCGGCUGCUCCACUUCCUAAUCGGGAACUUGGUUGACCCCAGGUUUGCUCCUGUCCUUGUAACAGCGGCUGAGAUGAUUGUGGACAUCUAUCGGUCUGUAAUCGGCCAGUCUCCAGUCGUGGACCGACAGCUGCUGCGUCUGCAGGAGCUGCUGGAAAGAGAGAUCGACUACCAGCAGGAGCUACUGGAGGUGCUGGGCAUGUUGGACACAAUGUUCGCCUCCUCCCUCCCCAGGAAGGAGGUCCCGUGCUCUGCGAUCGGCAGGUCUAAUGGCCUGGCUCAGGGAGAAGCAAGUACCUCAAGACCACAGCUUCAGGCCACCUGAGGCUUGUUGGUGGGGAAAAAACUGCUUUUAGACUGGGUUAGAGUGCCUUUACAACUCUAAAACCCCCUUUUUUUGAAACAUCCAACACAAUCUUGCUGACAUGACUACAUGUCAACAACAGAAACAUUUUGGUACAGGUUUUAACACGGUCUCACUCUGGUGAACAAUAAGCAACAUGAAACAUGCAUUUGUUGUAUGAAGAAUCUGUGUGUGUGUGUGAGAAAGUGAGAAUGACAAGUGUUGCUUUCAUUGGAAGUGUUUAAUUGCACUUUCAAAUGUGGAGUAGGGGUGUGUGUUUGUUUUGGAAUCCUUUCAACGUAAAUCUCUGCUUUGUGUUUUCAUAAUAUUUGGCAUUGACAAAUGUUUUAUAAGCAGGUAAAAAUAAAUCUUUGUAAUACUGA